CAGUUUCACUCCACUUUGUUCUUGUGAUUAAAAAGGAAACCCUAGCUACGAACAUUCAAAAUUUACCCUAAAAAAAGAAACCAAACAUCACGUCUCAGACAUUAUCCGAAAUCUCAAUGGAUCCAUACACACAAAACAAUAACAACCACAACAUGAGCUACCAAGACUUCAGCAGCUUGUCCACCGUUGCAUCCGGUUCCUCCAGUAACUCUCCGGCGGUUGCAGCCACCCCGAGCCGCUACGAGAACCAAAAACGCCGUGACUGGAACACUUUCUGUCAGUACCUCAAAAACCACCACCCUCCACUCUUUAUACAACAAUGCAGUGGUGCACAUGUGCUUGAAUUCCUUUGUUACCUGGACCAGUUUGGAAAGACUAAGGUUCACACCUUAAUAUGUCCGUUUUACGGGCACCCGAACCCACCAGCUCCUUGUCCGUGCCCACUUCGACAAGCUUGGGGCAGUUUGGAUGCACUAAUAGGCCGGCUUAGGGCUGCGUAUGAAGAGAACGGUGGGGCUCCAGAAGUUAACCCGUUUGGGGCAAGACCAGUGAAGCUUUACCUUCGUGAGAUUCGUGAGUUGCAAUCGAAAGCAAGAGGGAUCAGCUAUGAGAAGAAGAAACGGAAACGUUUAGCGCCACAAGAAGAUCAUGAUAACAAAUUACUUCCUGGUAUGGACUAAUUACUUUGUUUUUACUCUAUUUUCGGAUAUUGUUAUCUUUCAUUUUAUGUUAAGUUCGCAAGACUUCAAGGGUACUACAAGCAUAUUUUAGUUAAGGAUUAUUGCUACUUUUGGUUUCCAUUUGGGUAUCUAGAUAUUUAUAAUGAAGACUAUGAAGAUGCUAUU